UGUCAGUCACUCAAAAAGUGACAAAAAGUUUAAAUAGACUGAAGCAGAGAGAAGGGCAGCAGGGCAAUGGAGCCGCAACAGAUCAGAGAGGGAUACCUUGUGAAAAAGGGUACAGUGCUAAACUCCUGGAAGGCAGUGUGGGUGGUGCUGUCAGAAGAUGCGUUGGAGUUCUAUAAAAAGAAAACAGACCGUUCUCCAAAAGGAAUGAUUCCGCUGAAGCAAGCUACGCUCAACAGUCCCUGUCAGGAUUUCGGAAAGCGGAUGCAUGUUUUCAAGAUAACCUCGGAGAAAAAGCAGGAUCACUUCUUCCAAGCCUCACAUGUGGAAGAGAGAGAGUGCUGGGUCAAGGACAUCAAGAGAGCCAUUACCUGCCUUGAAGCAGGAAAAAAGUUUGCCAGGAGAUCAACAAGGCGCUCCAUUCGCCUGCCCGACCAAGUCAACCUGGCUGAGCUGUACACAUUAAUGAAAGACCAGGAUGAUGGAGUGAGGGAGCUAAAAUUGGAGCAGGAGAAUCAUGUUUUCAACCACUGCUUCACAGGUGCUACAGUGGUAGAGUGGCUGAUCUCGAAGAACAAAGUGAGAAACAGGCCUGAGGCUCUCAUGUUAGCAGCAGGGCUCAUGAACGAGGGUUUUCUCCUGCCGGCUAGUGACCUGUCAAAAGAGGGAGCAGAGAGUGGAGAGCAAACAGCCUUCUUAGAUCAGACAGAAGCGCUAUAUUACUUUGCAGACAGCGGCUUCUUCUGCGAGGGCUACUCAAGUGAUGAAGAUGUGCUUUUGAAGGAAGAAUUCAGAGGAAACAUCAUAAAACAGGGCUGUUUACUCAAGCAGGGACAUAGGAGAAGAAACUGGAAGGUUCGAAAGUUCAUAUUGAGGGAUGACCCUGCUUAUAUGCACUAUUAUGAUCCAACAAAGGGUGAUGACCCUCUGGGCUCGAUUCAUCUCCGUGGGUCUGUUGUCACGGCUGUGGAGUACGUGCCUGAUGCCAAAAAAUACGACAUUGACGGCAACCUCUUUGAGAUCAUUACCUCGGAUGAGACGCACUACUUCCUCCAGGCUGCCACAUCUGAGGAGAGAAAGGACUGGAUCAAGGCAGUGCAGACGGUGUCGAAGAGUGGAAAGUAACAGUGACGUCUGUAGGAUGAGUCACAUUUCAUGCGUUUUAUUGUGAAUUCCAUCGUGCCGUCAUAAGAAAAUUACAAAAGUGCAAAGUAAUUCUAGAGUAGCUAGCAUGUAUCACUCCCUUGUACACUAUCAACGUAAUGUUUAAUGUUUUUGUGCAGCUUGUUACUUAUUAAAAUAAAUUAAAAUUCAGGCUCAACAGGCAUUUGUCUGAGUAAUAACCAUGUUAUCACACAAUAGCAACAAUGUUAUAGCACAGUCUACUUUUGUACUCAGACAAAUAGUUUUUAUGACAACUUGUUCUGUUAUACUAAAAGUUUAGUUUUGAGGCUUUAGAUAAACUGUGCAUCUUUAAACACACAGUGUAUUAUAAGCCACACGCAGAGUUAUAUUUGCUAAGUAACCAGACAAGCAGGGCUAUUGGUUAGUGUAUCAAUGUAAAAGACAAUAUGGUUAAGUUACAUGAGAGAGCAGAUCUUUGAGGAGACAGCAGAAUAGAAGGGAGUAACACAAUAAAAUAAAUAGACACCCUGUUUAGUUUUUUUUUUGUUGGCUGAUGUGUUUUUUUUCUCAUUUCCCUAUUGUUCACUUGUCUUCUAGUUCUAAGGUAGUCUGAGGUAUCAUAAAAGUACACUCAGUUCCUACGUGUGAGAAACGUCUGAAUCAUACUCAGUGUCACUUUGUGGCUUACACGCCUGCUGCCUCACCGAGCGUAUUUAUCAAGACAGAAAUGACUGGCCUGGGCUGUCCUGUGACUACCUUUAAAAAAACAAAAAAACAAGAUGCUUUUUAAAUGUGAUGACAACUACAAUAAAAUAAUUUGAAGAUGAA